UGAGAUAAACGGACCCCAGGGAGAGGAGAAGCAAAGAGGGGGAGUUUGAGAUACACAAGCGGCCACCAUGUCCAACGUCCCACCGCUCGAAUUCUCCGACGUCGAAGACCACCGUUCGAGAUACGACCUCGACACCCGGAUUCUGGUGACGGCCAUACUCUGCCUCCUCUUCGUCGUCGCCCUCGUCACCUUCCUCCACCUCUACACGCGCUACGUCCUCCGCCGCCAGCGCGUCGCCCGCCGCUCCACUUCGAUCAGCCUUUUUCGUAUUGGGGUCGCCUACGCCGGCCCCCGCGACGAGCCCCCCCCAAAGGCCGGGCUCGACCCCUCGGCUAUCACCGCCCUGCCCACGUUCCCUCACCGAAGAAUUAUUAACAACGCAAGCAACGAUAAAAACGAUGGUAGCUGCAGUGCUGAGUGCGCGAUUUGUUUGAGCGUGAUAGAAGAAGGUGAGAUGGUCCGGUUGCUGCCGGGCUGCAGGCAUGUGUUCCAUGUCAGCUGCAUUGAUAUGUGGUUGAGUUCUAAUUCUACGUGCCCGGUUUGCCGGACUGGGGUGGAGCCGCCACCGGUGGCGGUCGCCGUGGAGAUAGGGGAGUCAUCAGCGCCACAACCAGGGACACGUGAGUUACCCGGAGGCGGCGUGACGGAGGGCACGUCGGAGACGAAGGAAGGAGGCGGCUCGAUGUCGUCGCGGUUUAGCUCAUCGUUUCGGAGGAUGUACAUGUUGAGCAGGGAGAGGUCUGCAGGGAGGAGAACUCAAGGGGUUGAGAUCGAAGACUUGGAGAGGCAGUAGUAAAAUUUUUCAUACGAUACUUGUUAAAUUUCCCUUUUUUUUCUUUUCCUUCACUUUGAUUUCUUCGUGUUUUCUUUCUUUCUACUUUGUUUUUUUUUUUUUUCAUUUGGAAAAGGUUUCUAAUUACUAGUGUGAACAUAUACAGCAGAUUGUUUAUGAAGUAAGGUGAAGAACACAGAGAUUUUGUUGGUCAUGGACUUUAGAUUUUUUUUUUUUUUUUGCCUUGCAGUCCGGCUUGAAAGUUGGGGCUUGCCACGUGGUACCACUGGGUGGUAGGUGAAUGGGUCCACGAGAAGGAGAAUGGAAGUUCUGAGUUUCAAAGGAUUUGGUAGAUGUGGGGGGGGACACGCCACCUUGGAUACUUUUCAUUGAUGGUUUCAUAUGGUUAAUUUAAUGUGUUGCAGUUUGUGGGGCUUUUUAUUUGAUGAGGCCUUGACUGUAGGGGCUGUUCCACAAAUGUGACUGGAGGAAUAUCGAGCUAGCAUUUGGUAUCCACGUUGAUCCCCCGCUGAUUUAUAGCAGCAUGAUAUCACUGGUUCUUCGUUUCAUAAAUGUUUUAGGUAUUCAAAGUUUUCUGCCAGAAAACUCCAAAUGUUCUGGUCAUAGUUUGAUAUGUACCUUGGCCGCCAUGAUAUGUUGAUCGGGCGAGAAUUGAACUUUUUCAAAUCUCAAUGAGAUAUGCUUCAGGUUACUUUGGUU